GCGGGGCGAGCGCGAGCUUGGGCUCGCACCCUGCUCCCCUAACCCCGCCCGCUCGCUCCCCAACCGCGGUUGCUGGCUCGGUGGGCUCGCGGGGAGACGCGCGCACGCGCGCAGGACUCGGAGACGAGCUCGAGACACUGAGGAGGGGAGUAAGAAGCAUCGGAGGAGGCGUUAGAGGAGGAGGUUGCUAUGGGAAUAUAUAACAACAUAAAAGGAAGUGUGUUCUGAUAAUUCUGAUACCUGAGAUGUAAGUGGACUGAAGAGUGAAAGAGGAAAAAGUUCAGUGCCAACCUUAGUUACAAUGGCCACUGAUUCUGGGGAGCCAGCUAGCACAGAAGAUUCUGAGAAACCUGAUGGGGUUUCCUUUGAAAACAGGGUUGCUCAGACUGCUGCACCUCUGAUUGUAGAAGCUAAAAUGAAGGAAAAAACAAGCACCUUCUCUACUUCAGGGGAAACCAUCGAAAGAAAGAGAUUUUUCCGAAAGAGUGUUGAGAUGACAGAAGAUGACAAAGUUGCUGAAUCUUCCCCUAGAGAUGAAAGAAUAAAAGCUGCAUCAAAUAUUUCAAGAGUAGACAAACUUCCUACAAAUGUGCUAAGAGGUGGGCAAGAAGUUAAAUAUGAGCAAUGUUUAAAGGCAACCUCAGAAUCAUCAAAAGAUUGCUUCAAGGAGAAAAAAGAAAAGGAAAUAGAAGAAGAAGCUGAAAUGAAGGCUGUAGCAACUUCCCCUAGUGGCAGGUUCCUGAAAUUUGAUAUAGAGCUGGGAAGAGGAGCAUUUAAGACAGUAUAUAAAGGACUGGACACUGAAACGUGGGUUGAAGUUGCUUGGUGUGAACUACAGGACCGCAAACUAACUAAAGCUGAGCAGCAACGGUUCAAAGAAGAAGCAGAGAUGUUGAAAGGCCUCCAGCAUCCCAAUAUAGUUCGAUUUUAUGAUUCCUGGGAGUCUAUAUUAAAAGGAAAGAAAUGUAUUGUGUUAGUGACUGAACUAAUGACAUCAGGAACCUUAAAGACGUACUUAAAACGAUUUAAAGUCAUGAAGCCAAAGGUCUUAAGAAGCUGGUGCAGGCAAAUUUUAAAAGGAUUGCAAUUCUUGCACACAAGGACCCCUCCUAUUAUUCACCGGGAUCUGAAAUGUGACAACAUUUUCAUCACAGGACCCACUGGAUCUGUGAAGAUUGGUGAUCUGGGACUUGCAACCUUAAUGCGCACAUCAUUUGCUAAGAGUGUCAUUGGCACUCCUGAGUUUAUGGCUCCAGAGAUGUAUGAAGAGCACUAUGAUGAAUCUGUAGAUGUUUAUGCUUUUGGGAUGUGUAUGUUGGAAAUGGCUACUUCGGAGUAUCCGUAUUCCGAGUGCCAGAAUGCUGCUCAAAUAUACCGUAAAGUAACCAGUGGCAUUAAACCAGCCAGCUUCAAUAAAGUCACAGACCCUGAAGUGAAAGAAAUAAUUGAAGGAUGUAUUCGACAAAACAAAUCUGAAAGGUUAUCUAUUAAGGACCUACUAAACCAUGCAUUCUUUGCUGAGGAUACUGGACUGAGGGUGGAGUUAGCAGAGGAAGAUGAUUGCUCAAAUUCAUCCCUGGCUCUAAGACUCUGGGUUGAAGAUCCUAAAAAAUUAAAAGGCAAACAUAAAGACAAUGAAGCUAUUGAAUUCAGUUUCAAUUUAGAAAAAGAUACACCUGAGGAAGUAGCAUAUGAAAUGGUCAAAUCUGGAUUCUUCCAUGAAAGUGAUUCCAAAGCUGUUGCUAAGUCCAUUAGGGACCGUGUGACACUGAUAAAAAAGAUAAGGGAAAAGAAGCCUGUUGGAUGUUUGGAGGAACGCAGGGAUUCCCAGUGCAAGCCUGUGGGGAAUGUAUUACCUCCACAGCAAACUCUAACUUCACCACCUGCUCCUGGUACACACACUGUGGCUGAAUGUGAAGAAACAGAAGUUGAUCAACAUGUUCGACAGCAGCUUUUCCAGGGAAAACCACAGCCACAGUGCUCCUCUGUUAGAGGUGACACUUCAUCUGAGGCGGCAGCUGGACCAGUUCUACAUUCAGAUACUUCAAGUCUUCCCACUGUAGCCUAUUCUUCAAACCAGACAACUAACUCUCAGUUGCAGGAGCAGCCAAAGUUGACUCAGUCCCCAGUUUUGCCUGUGGUCCAAGGUCAGUCCUCUGUUAUGCCCAUAUGUGCUGUUGGACUUGGAGUUGUUUCACAGCCCCAAAUUUCUCCAUUAACUAUCCAGAAGGUCUCACAGAUAAAGCCUGUAUCCCAACCAGUUGGAGCUGAACAACAAGCAGCUCUUCAAAAUCCAGAUUUUGUUCGAAGCUUGAAUCAAGACAUGACAGCUAUGAAAGAAACCACCAAUAACCCUGAUAACCCGAGUGGAAAUAGCAAACAGGAUCGGAUGAAACAGAGAAGAGCCUCCUGUCCUCGGCCAGAGAAGGGGACUAAAUUUCAACUUACUGUCCUUCAGGUAUCAAUCUCUGGAGACAACAUGGUGGAGUGUCAGCUGGAAACACACAACAAUAAGAUGGUCACUUUCAAGUUCGAUGUUGAUGGUGAUGCACCUGAGGAUAUUGCAGACUAUAUGGUUGAAGAUAACUUUGUGCUGGAAAAUGAGAAAGAAAAGUUUGUAGAGGAAUUGAGGGCUAUUGUAAGUCAAGCCCAGGAGAUCCUUCAUGUCCACUCAGCUGCAGAAAAAUCUAUUGGUGUUGACUCUGUUGCCUUGGAAUCCAACAGUAACCAAACAGGGUCAUCUGACCAAGUACUGAUAAAUUCUGCAUCCACUCAAACCAGCAAUGAAUCUGCUCCUCAGUCAUCCCCAGUUGGUAGGUGGCGAUUUUGUAUCAACCAAACAAUAAAAAAUCGUGAGGCACAGUCUCCUCCUUCCCUUCAGCCUUCUGUGGCUAUGGUUCCUGGGUUACAUCCAUUUACUAAUUCAAGAAACACAGGUAAUCAGGAAAUAUCAAAGGACACACUGUUCACUGUAGAGAAUAAUCCAGACCAGCAUAUACUUAAUAAUCCAGACCAGCAUGUACUUUUCACCUCCAAAUCAGAACACAAGGACGUGGUUGAUGGUAAGAUUUCUGAAUGCUCUAGUGUAGAAACUGAGCAGCCAACUAUUCUCUAUCAAGUGAAAGAUGACAGACAGAUAAUGGCACCAGCUACUGAUAAUUCCAAUUACUCUGCUACUUUGGUGUGUCCAGUUCCAGUUGAAUGUGAGGCACCCACCAGCCAAGCAGGCAUGUUCAUACCUGCAAAUCCAUGUCAACAAACUACUGUUCUGGCUGAUGUGCUUAUGACCCAUCCUGGUGAAUCGGUUCAGAUUGGUGAUAAUGCUGUUCUAACUUCAGUGUUUAUAUCUUCUGAUCAAAAGCCUCAGUCCUUAUCAGUAAAGCAACCAAAUAUAGAUGCAGAGAUCAUUUCCCAAGAAGGAGAAACCACAGUGAACACUGAACCAAGUUCUCCUAAGGCAAUCAUUGCCACUCAGACUCCUGGCUUUGAACCAGCUACGCUUCUACCUGCUACUGUCCUGGAAUCAGAUGGGGAACGACCUCCAAAAAUGGAGUUUGCAGACAACCGAAUUAAAACGCUGGAUGAAAAAUUAAGAAACCUACUCUAUCAGGAGCACAGCAUUUCUAGCAUCUAUCCUGAGAGUCAGAAAGAUACUCAAAGCAUAGACUCUCCAUUUUCUUCCUCUGCUGAAGAUAUACUAUCCUAUCCAAUGCCAGAAGUCAUAGCUGUCAGUCACUGUGGGAUUCAAGAUAGCCCUGCACAAUCCCCGAAUUGCCAACAGACAGGCUCUAAGAUUCUGUCCAAUGUGGCUGCAAGUCAGCCUGCUAAUAUAUCAGUGUUCAAAAGAGACUUGAAUGUGAUAACUUCUGUACCCAGCGAGUUAUGUUUACAUGAGAUGUCCCCAGAUGCUUCACUUCCAGGGGAUCCAGAGGCCUAUCCUGCUGCUGUGUCAAGCGAUGGAACCAUUCAUCUGCAGACAGGAGUGGAAACAGAAGAUAAAAGAUCAGCAAUUGCUCCUGAUCCCAUUCCGCUGCCACGAGAGUUAUCAGCUGAUACUAGGGCUUUGAGUAGAUGUAAAGCGAUGAGUGGAUCAUUUCAGCGGGGUCGGUUCCAGGUGAUUACAAUUCCUCAGCAGCAGUCAGUGAAAAUGAUCUCUUUUGGAAAAGAACACAGACCUCCAUUCAAGAAAACAACAAUCCAGGCUAGUGAACAAGCGCUAGCCUUUGCUGAAACUGCAGUGUCUCAAUUGAUCGAAGUGGAACCUGCCAUGCCCACUCCUAAAGCUUCAGUUUCUUCACGAAAGUUACAAACUCUUUAUGAAACGUUUAAAGAAGAUAAAGGAGACCCUGAACAAGGUGACAUCUUACCUUUCAGCACAGCUUGUGAGACCAGUGUGUCUUCAGUGACUACAGCAAAGAACUUGGAAGUAACUUCAACCACAGCAAUUAGUGUGCAUUCUGGGUCUGAACUGUUAGAUAAAGAAAAGGAGGAAUUGUCUCCUGGGAAGCAGCCAUGUACUAAUGAGUUUUUAUCCACUCUUGCUAGUAAUAGAAAAUCAGUGGCAAAAACUGGUUCAAAGAGUGACCAGUAUUUACCACUCCGUGAAGAGCAAGCCUCUGUUCAAACACAGAGUUCACUUUUCUAUUCUCCAUCUUCCCCAAUGAGCAGUGAUGAUGAAUCAGAAAUUGAGGACGAGGACUUGAAAGUGGAGCUUCAAAGAUUACGAGAAAAACACAUUCAGGAGGUGGUCAGUCUUCAAACACAGCAGAAUAAAGAGCUGCAGGAGCUAUAUGAACGCCUUCGAGCAACAAAAGAUAGCAAAGUGAAAUCUUCAGAGACUCCUUUGCCACCUGCAUCACCACGUCGGCCACGAUCUUUCAAAAGUAAACUCCGAGGCCGUCCUCAAUCCUUGACACAUUCCGACAAUGUCCUUGUUGUAAAAGAUGCCCUAUGUGUGGAAAGUAAUACAGUGUCGUGCCAGCAAUCUCCAGCCAGUAAAAAGGGGAUGUUCACCGAUGAUUUACAUAAGUUGGUGGAUGAUUGGACAAAGGAAACAGUAGGGCAUUUUCCUAGUAAGCCAAGUUUAAACCAACUCAAACAAAGCCAACAAAAAUUAGAGACAGAAAACUGGAACAAGGUAUAUGAAAGUACUCCAUCUACUAUGGGCUACACAUCAACAUGGAUUUCUUCUCAUUCCCAAAUUCGUGGAGCUGUCCCAACUCCCUUGCCACAAGGACUCCCACUCCCUUCAUUUCCUGGGCCAUUACCAUCAUAUGGAAUGCCCCAUGUUUGUCAGUAUAACGCUGUGGGGGCCACAGGGUAUCCAGUACAGUGGGUAGGAAUUUCGGGAACAGCACAGCAGUCUGUAGUGGUUCCUACCCAAUCUGGGGGACUCUUCCAGCCCGGGAUGAAUUUGCAGGCAUUUCCAGCUCCACCAAUGCAGAAUCCACCAUCAAUCCCUCCUGGUCCUAAAUGAAUCCGAAUAGAUGCUGAUGUAAGGGGAAAGGACUUUCAGAACACCUAUAAUACUAAACUUUCUUCUUGAGUUCUGCCAUAUUUUCUCUCAUUUGAGUCUACUUUCAACCGUGUUUCGUGUUGUUCCAGUGUGAUAUUUGAUACAGCUCAUCUUUCUGUAGUAAUGUGCAGUUUGCACAUAGAAUACUGCACACAGAAAUGUUUUUUCACUUCAAAUCCUAUCCUCUUUGAUACUUGAUUUUUAAAAAAUACUGUUCAGAAUGCUUUAAUAAGCUCAGCUUGAGUGUUCCCAUUUCCAGGACACUCUCAUGUGUUGCUGAGAAGCUCUCGCCCACUUUUGAUGCUGCUACCAGCAGUUGUAUGAUACUUUUCUUUAGAGUGUAUAAAACUCUGUAGAUUGGUUCUCCCCAAAUGUGGAUGAGGUAAGACCCUCCAAUAGCCAGUCUUGUGGGGUUGUCACAACUGUCUUUUGUUUACUUUUCACAGAAGGCAGUAACUGGCUGCAGAAGAUGUUUUGAUGUAUAAAUUUAGUAUACUUUUGUCAAGCAGUACAGAACAUGAACGUUUUGAAUGUGAUUUUCUUCCCGUCAUCACAGCAGUAGGAGUGAGGUCUUGUUUUAAGUGAGGCGGAGGGAAAGGAAAAAACAGAACUGUAACAGUUCCUUGAGCCUACAGCUACUAGAGCUGCUUUUGGGUUCCAGUAAUAACCCAAAGCAGCUAUCUUUUCUCAUGUGCACACUGCAUUGGUUUUGAGCAUCUGAGAGGCACUGGCUUGGCUUGCAUUCUUUUGCUAAGUAUUGCAGCUGAUGUGAAUCUCACUUGGGGAUAAUCCUUGUAAUCCUAAACAAGGAGAUUCAGGUUAACACUUGUUAAUCCAUUCUUCUAAAGUGAAAUGUACUUGACACAUUAGGGUUUGUAGCUUUUGAGACUUUUACAUAAAACACUGGCUUUACAGGGUUCUAAGAAAUGUAGGAUACAUACUAUCCUGCAGUGAAAUAGUACACCCUAGGAUGAUAUUAUUUAAAUUGCCUUUAACCUUUUUUGAUGACAGUUUUUUGGUUGUUAUAAUUUCUUACUAAUAUCUAUAGUCUUAGACCAUUUUAGAUCGUAGAUGCGUUUGUCAGCCUCUUGAAAAUUUGAGAGAUUUCACUGUCAAGUUGCACUUUACUGGGUUUUAUCCAGUUUUAGGAGGAAGGGAGGCAGUGUCAAAAUGUACGCCUUUGGUUUUUAGGAAGGUUAACUUCAGUAAUCUUAAAGGCUCAUCACAGGGUUACCUAAUUUUCAGUCUGUGAAACCCAAAUAGAACUUUUACAUGGUAUUUAUCAACUCCUAAGAAUACAUAUUCAAAUGACUUCACAUUCACUGAAGCUUUGAAAGUCAUUUCUAAUACAUGUUUUCCUGUUUAGGAAUUCUCUUGGUAAUCAUCCCAAAUUGUGCUCAGUGUUUCUAUUAACAGAUUUUCCUCCAUAUUCCUCAAAAACUUACCCCAUGGGCUUGCCGGGAAGUUAGAAAAACUUUUUUUUAAUUUCAUAUAGUAUAUUUUGUGACAGUCAGUACUUCGUUUAAAAGUUGUCUUACAUUACUUACCUAAAGAUCCCAUCCACCAUCACAUUUUUGUCACUGUUACUGGAGGCAUUCUGUGGAUUGCUACUGGUAAGAGCCACAAUUUCUUUUCCUAGACAUCCUCUUUUGGAUGAGUCCAGAUCCUAUGCCCAGACUCCUGAAAUUGUUUCUACGGUAUUGCUCUGCAAGUUGAAAUGAUUUGUAGGAUAUUCAUGUAGUGCAGUUAACUUGCAUUGCAGUGUUUUCCACAUGUAUAAAAACAAUGCUCCUAAAAUCCAUAGUUCCUUAAAACUGUCUGUUCCUUUAGCAGUUGGUUUUGUAUAAUUACAUUGAGAUAAACAAGGUAUAAGGGGAAAUACUACAGGUUUUAAGACUGGAUCUUCUCUACUAGCAAUCAUUUUACACAGUGUAACCCAGGAUGAAGAAAGCUCCCCAGAUGACAUGGACAAUCCCAUUUACUAGUGGCUGCUCUACAUAGUAUGUUCUGUGUUUUGUUAAACAUCUCAGUUUUACAUAUAAUUCAUCGUUCUUGUUUGCCUGCAGAUGUUUGCAGUGCCUUGUAAUACUUAAAAUCUUUUCAGGUUUUGCUGGAAAGAGAAGUCAUCUUCUAAAGUUGGAAGAUGGGGAAUAGGGUACUGCUGUCUCCAUGCUGACUGCAGUAUCUAGGUUAACAUAUAUGUUACAUAUACAUUAUGUAUGUGUAAUGUGUAGAAGUUAAAGCAUACAGAAAAAAAGGGAGUAUGCAGAAAUGAAGAAAACAAUGUUAUUCACUUUGCUGUGGGGUUUUCUUUACUUUUUCUCAUUACUUUUUGAUUUGAUUCAACUUAUAGUCACUUUGAUUGUAAAUAUUGGUUAGUUUUCUAGAUGGGGAUUUUGUAUUAUUUCAUAAUUUUGCUAAGUCAUAGAAUAGUGCUGUUUCCAUCCUUGCCUGAAGUCCUUUUUCUCUCCCACAAAUAAUGAAUCAGAUAAUGCUCAGAAGUUCCCCUUUUUUUUUAAACAAAGAGCCUAGUGCAUAUAAUGGGCCUUCUGUUCAUUUCUAGAAAGCACGCAAACCUAUCCUUUUCAUUUUUUUUCUUAUAAUCAACAUAAAGAUUGUGCUUAACCACUGUCUUUUGAAGUUUCCUUGGGAGAUAGUCUGUAUGUCCAGCCGCUCUGUUUACUUCUCCAAGUGCACAUCUGAUGAGCAGCGUUGUGUCUUCAUGUAUGGCAACAUGAGCACUUCACCAUCAAGCACUGCUGUUGUGUCUGUGAAGUUGGGUAUAACAUCAUAAGACUGUGAAACCAAUACUGGUGUAUUCAGUGCUGAUAACCCUUCAUAUACCAGAAGCAGUCUUGAAUCUAAAGUAAUUUGCUGUAGCUUAACAAAUAUCCCUGCAUUUUCAUCUCUUCCUUGCUUAAUAUCAAGCAUAAGUUCUAAUAGUUUGACAGGAAAACUAACUGUGAAAGUUUAAAAGGCACUUCUGCUGUGAUUUUUUUGGUUGAGUGUAGAGUGCUUUUCUAAGGUUAUAAAGUGGGAUGUUAUCAUCUGAAAUCCCAGAUUUAAUUGCAGUCCAGUUACUUUUGUUUAUCUACCUCGUUUUUCAGUACUGUUUUAGGUGCACAAGUAAAUGUUGCCUGUGAAACUUGCUUUUUUGCCUUGAUUCUUUAUGUUGUUUAUAUUCUCAAUCUGGCUUGCCUUUUUCGUCCUAGCACUCACCAUGCAUGUGAGAUGAGAGGAACCAUCAUUCUGCCACCAGUCUGUGUUUAAGCGAUGAGAACCAUACGCCUAUGUGUAAUAAAGUUAGGAUUUGGGAAUGGAAAGCAGAGAGAGAAGUCAAAUUGGUGGCAAUAUAAGACUUAGUGGUGGGAGUUAGUUUUCAAUAAACAAAUGGCUCAAAUGUACUGAAGUGAGAUAGUCCCGGUGCCUGUAACUUCACAUGUACUGGCCAUGCUUUCUCAUCUCGGUUUCUAAAGGGCUAUGAGUUGAAAUUGCUUUAACUACCACAGUGAAAUACUUGACGACCUAGCCAGUGCCCCAUCGUCAAAAUAUUGCCUGGUAUUUACAGUGACAGUUUGUUAUCUUAAAAUGGCGGAAUGCAUUUCAUUUGAAUCAUAGUUGGUAGUAAGGGUUUAGAUAAUUGCUUAUCUAAUCUCCGUAGUUUAUGGAGUUCACUCUCUUUGCUGUAUUUUCUAAGCAUUGAAAAGAAUACAUUUCCUUUCCCCCUUAAAAACACCCAGCAAAUAUUUGUAACUGGAUAUUCCUUGUUUCACAUGUUUACCAUGUAACACUACAUUUUUAAUAUUAGUAAAUACUAUAUUUCAGUCAUCGUUUAUAAAUGCAUUCCUGAGGUAUAUUUGCCAUCCAUUUGUGAUUCAGUUACCUCAUAAUCUGUUUGAUUAAGAAAAAUCUGAGCCUUCUGAGGUGGUAUGCAAGCCAUUUUCUUGAAUAGAUUGUUUGGUUGCUUUUUUAAUCUGUAGUUUAUCAGGGAUUUAUUUUCUCUCCCUUUAUUUAGAAGAUGUAAUAGAAAGGUAUGUAUAUAUAACAAAGGCUUUUGAUUUGAUAACUAUAAUUCUAUGGUUAAAAUUUAAAAAUCUAAUCCAGAUUAUAAAAUGAAAACACUCAAACAUAGUAAAAAUUUCUUUUAAGUAAAAUUAGUAUGCAAUUUGUGUGGAGCCAUACUCUCAGACCACCCUGGAAACAAUCUCUUUUUGUGUGUAUGAAGGAUGAAUUCAAAUAUUGAUCAGGGACCGUGACAGCUAACAUGUGAAUGAGCCCAAAAUAGUAACCAGAUUAAAGUUCUUUUCCACUGAGAUAGUUGAAAGAGUGUACAGAUCAACAGCUCCGAUUCCGGAAGGUUUUCUCUGAAGUAAAACAACACAGACUACUACAAAGCUAAAAGUCAGGCAAGAGGGCGGGGAAGGACUAAGCUCUGAAGGGACAGUGCUCUAAAAACGCUCACUUGUCACUUCUCUAGCUUUUUACAUUGUAUUUCUUUCCACUAUAAUUUAAGGUUUAAGGUUGAGAUUUGUAGUCCAGAACCCUCAGCAGAUACAGUGGAUAGAGUGACUGAUCAGAAAGGGCAGUUGAAGGUCUGUCAUGCUCAAUCACUUAAAGCUAUAAUUUGUUUAAUACGAAUAUUAAGCAUGUAGACCUAACGCAGCAUGGGAGCCACUCAGGAAGUUUAUGCAAUUAAACUUUCAUGCAUAAUUUACCAUGAAGUAUAUAGAAUUUCAGCCAAUUCUCAAUACUUAACAUUUAGUUAUAUAUGUGAACUCUCCUUUCUUAAUUCGGGAAUGUAGCAUUAUAUAGAAUGCUGUUAAACCUAAUUUUAACCCUUUUUAACAUUGACUUUUUUUCACUUUUAUUUUUGGUAAGCCAAGUGAUCUACCUUUCAGCAGUUGUCUGGUUUUGAUUCUUCGAGACUGUGAUUUUUAUUUUAAUUUCUACCCAACUGUUGUUAAGUAUUUUGUUUCCUGGAAUUUUGUUUUGAAACAAAAAUAAAGGCUGUGUUAAAUGAC